AUGAAACAGUUGUUCAUGAAACAGUUGUUCAUGAAACAUUUGUUUAUGAAACAGUUGUUCAUAAAACUGUUCGUGAACAAAUUUGGUACAUUUCGGGAGCACCUUGGUCUGACUGUUGCCCUGAGGGUCCUAUCCUUUGUGUGUAUCACUAAGAUAGACGGUACUGCUCCUGCUACUGUUAGAAGGUGCAGACAUCAGAUAGAGAGCAUCUUAAGAGGCCCCGCUGUGAGGAGACCAGCUUACGUAGUGACAACUCUCUCUGAGGCAGAGGAUGCUGCUCUCCAGAUACGAGAACGGACACCUGUUUUCAUGGUUUCAGCGGUAACAGGGGACAACCUCUCACUUCUACACCACUUCUUAUCACGGCUACAACCUGCUCUGUCUAAAGAAGCUCGCUCUCUGGCUUUGCAAGCUGCCCCUAGGUUCUCCGUGGACGGGGUUCUAACAGUGACUGGUCAGGGUACCAUCAUCACUGGUCUUACAACACGAGGGACGAUACGUGAGGAGGACACAAUGUUGCUGGGACCCUUUGAUGACAAGUCCUACGAAGAGGUAAAGGUGGCCAGUAUCCAGUGUAACAGACUACCCAGACGUCUUGCUAAGUGUGGUCAGAGCGUCAGUCUGGGGUUCCAUAAACUCGAGAGAACACCAAGAAAAGGGAUGAUACUACAAAGUCCAAGUUACGAGAGCUAUUGUGUCGAGGAAUUCACUGCAGAAAUAUACAUCUUACAGCAUUCUUCGUCAUCUAAACUUAAAGUGGGAUUUGAAGCGACAGUUUUUAUCGACAGCAUAAGACAGACAGUUGAGAUAAUAAAGAUGGAGCGUGAAAUAACAACCGGUCAGAAAGCCAAGGACUUCUGA